UCUCCUUUUCUUCUUUUGUCUGUUUCACCUUGUCCCCAUUUCUUUAUUUCUUUUUCCUUUUUCCUAUCUCCUUAAUUAUUUGUCAUAUCUAUCUGGUAUGUAACUUAUUGCAUGGGUUAAGACGAGAUUGUUUUUGAGAUUUUUAUGCAUAUUUUUUUAUUUAUGCCAUUUUUUUCAGAAAUAAAAACUUGUUAAAUGCACGAGAAAGAAAAACCACGCCGGUAUAAUGAACAGAACCAGCAAUCGACGGCCAGGGACCAUCUCGGCCGGUAUGGACUUCCUUCUAAUUUUGAAAAUGAAAAGUUGUGUCCUUAUAACCCUGAUCAUCUUGUGAGAGAAGAGAAGAUGCAGGCUCAUCUUAUCAGAUGCAGGAGAGAUAUACUAAAUAAGGGGCCCGGUCAUCCAAUGUAUAAUGCCGUGUCAAAUUAUCAAGUUUGUCCCUUCGAUGCCAAUCAUCGUCUUCCUCAAGCUGAGAUGGAAUCCCAUAUGAGUGAAUGCCCCGGGAGGUUGGAAGUUAUGAAGACGACUUCAAGUAGAAGGGAGGUCACUCCUUCCUGGAGAGAAGCUAUUGUACAGACCCGUAGUGAGGAGGUAGUAGCCUCUGAAAACUGGGAUAAUGGUGAAUAUCAGCCAACCAAGUUAAAUCCUACGCAUGGUAACCUAAUCCAACCAUCCAAUCCUACCCAUGCUAACCUAAUCCAACCAUCCAAUCCUACACAUCGUAACCUAAUCCAAUCAUCCAAUCAUAGGCAAUCUGUUCAAUCUAAUCACCUGCAGGCAUUACAAAACGAUAGAAUCCAACCAGGUUCACAUUUAAAUUCUUAUCAACAUGAAAACAACUCACAUAAUUUGCAUCGAUACAAAAGUCACUUCAAUGCAGUCCCACCUCUAUAUCCGUUGCAUGGCAUUCAAAGUUCCGUUACAGCAAACCGAUACCUUGCCUCAUCAAGUCACCAUCAGGUUCCCUCCAAUCAGUUUCAAGUACCUUCCUGUGCUUAUGUUGCUCCCAGCAAUCAAUAUGGGGCAUCUUAUGUCCAUGAAGUGACUCCAUAUGGCCAAUAUAUGACACCAAAUGUUGCGCCUUAUGGUCAGAUGAUGGCACCUAAUGCCUAUAAUGUGUCAAACCAAGGUAACUUCUUUCCUGCGCCCAUGCAGUUCUAUCCACAACCCGGUUUAGUUCCUGAACCGAUUUAUUCUGGGAUAUAUGCGAAUGAAGGAUAUCCAGUAUGCUCAGAUCCUGGCAUGAUGUAUCCAGAAGGAUAUUGGAAUGAUCCUAGCAAUGGAUAUCUGGAGCAAGAUGAGAACAGAUGCCCAGAUCCGGUCCCUGGUGCAAGGAUCAAUGCGGGGGAAGGAAGAAGUGAUGUUCUGCAGGGGGAUGUUGGGAGACCCCUGCUGAAAGCUGUAGACGUACCUGAGCCUAAUUUACAUUCAAGAUCCUUCGAUAUUAUGGAGGACAAGUUAAAGGAAAUUGAGAUGAAUAUUGGUUGUCUCCUGUUAGAUAACAGUGAUGAGAUUGAGGCUCCUAGUUCUGGUGACGGGCGUGGUCGAGGGCGUGGCGUAGACAGAAGUGACAGCAAUGGUGGACGUACCCCUAGCCUAGGGCGGGGCAGAGGUUGGGGCAGUGGAGGUGGGAGCAAACAUGUCUAACUCUAAACUCAGUUCUACAAAAAAUAUUUUGUAAUCUGUAAAAAAUUUGAAUUAUUUUUUUUAUUAAAUUCAAGAAUCAAUUCCUGAAAAUUAGAAACAUACAUUCUUUAGUGUAUUUUAUCUGGAAAUUUGUUAUUUGGAAAUAUUUAGCGAUAAAAAAUCUGCUAGAAAUUAACAAAAGUAAAUAGUUUUCAAAAAAGUGAAAUUCCGAAACCAGUAUAUCCCCCGGUGUAUUAUUUUUUUUACUUGUCUAGUCGAUAGGAUUUUAAAGAAAUAUAAUUUCUUAUAAUGUUUUCGUUGGGGGCAAGUAGAGAAAAAAAGCUUGAAAAUCUGAAUAUCAUAUUUAAUUUUUUAUUUUAAAGCUUCGAGAACACCCUUCCCCCCUGAUUCAUUUUUAUAAAUAUUCGCCUCCUGUAUAAAACUAUAAAGAUAACAAAAAUUCCACUUAGAUUACACUCGUAUAGGACAAUCCUAAGAUAAGGCAGUUAGGUAGUUAACACCUAGCAUCAAUCAUCAUGUACAUGAAGCCUCUUAUCAUCCUUGCUUUUCUAACAUACUCUCUACUUGGAAAAAGAACACUUAAAUACCGUUUAACAGAUGACAAUGGAAACCUGUUAAUAGCUUCCAGUGUAAACGCUACUGAAACUGACUGCUACAGUUUAACAUGGAUUGGUAAGACAUCAGUAGACAAUCCAACCUGUGCAGACUACUAUCCAGUACAUCCUUGUAACCCACCCUUUAUAGUCACCAUCGGGCCUAACGCUAACAACGGGCCUAAUAUGACCGAUGUGGUGGAAAAGUGUGAAGCGAGUGGAUCUUGUAAUGUUGCUGAUCUCUACUGUAAGAAGAAUACCGGAGAGGUUUGCAUCAAGUACUCAAGGUAUACCCGGAGUGGAGAGAUGGAUUACUUCACAUCCUUCUGUGGGAAAGGGGUGGAUACUAACUGGAAUGGGAAUCCGAUACAAUCAGGUUGCUACAGGCAGGCUAAAGAAUUGUUUGAUGUAUCAGUUUGUUUCUGCGAAGGAAACCUCUGUAACAGUGUGAACAAGAUCGGAGCAAGCAGUAAUAUUGUUCUACUUUUCUUAUUGUUUUUUAUAAGUAUGUUAGCAUAGUCAAAACAUUUCAUUAUUUACAUAUUUAUAAGAAAUAAAGAAUUUAAUUUAUUG